UUGUGAACAAGAUGAAGAAACUUUCUCUGCAUGCUUGUUUUCUCAAUUUGAGCCUCUUGGUUCUUCUUCCCUAUAGCAAAGCCAGCCAGGCUGACAAACUUGAAGAGUUGAUUCUAUCUAGGAGUUCACAGAAGCCUCCAGUGACCCUUUCUUGGGCAGAGGAAGAUGCAUUGAAAACUCAUUCUUCUGCUUAUGUUGCAUCCCAAGAGGGGCAAAAGCAAGCUGACAAGAUUGCGGCAUUGCCUGGCCAACCCUAUGGGGUGAAUUUUGACCAAUAUUCCGGCUAUGUCACUGUUGAUCCAAAGGCUGGAAGAGCACUUUUCUAUUAUUUUGUGGAAUCUCCAUAUAACCCUUCAACUAAACCUUUAGUUUUGUGGCUAAAUGGAGGACCUGGUUGUUCCUCAUUGGGGUAUGGUGCCUUUGAGGAAUUGGGACCUUUCAGAAUAAACUCCGAUGGCAAAACACUAUAUCGCAACAAAUAUGCUUGGAAUGAAGUGGCAAAUGUGCUGUUCUUGGAAUCCCCUGCUGGGGUGGGCUUUUCCUACUCAAACACUACUUCUGACUAUGAUCAUUCAGGAGAUAAGCCUACUGCAAAAGAUGCAUAUGUUUUCCUGAUCAAUUGGUUAGAGAGGUUUCCAGAGUACAAAACCCGCAAUUUUUACAUAACUGGAGAAAGCUAUGCCGGACAUUAUGUGCCUCAGCUUGCAUACACUAUUUUGGUGAACAAUAAAUUCAGUCAACAAAAUAUUAACCUCAAAGGCAUUGCUAUAGGGAACGCUUGGAUUGAUGAUGUUACAGGUACAAAGGGGAUAGUUGAUUACUUAUGGACUCAUGCUUUGAACUCGGAUCAAACACAUGAGUUGAUUGAGAAGUACUGCGAUUACAGUUCUGAAAACAUUUCGCAAAUAUGUUCCAAUGCAACAAGAAGGGCAUUAACUGAAAAAGGAAACAUAGACUUUUAUAACAUCUAUGCUCCACUGUGUCAUGACUCUUCUCUCAAAAAUGAAUCAUCAUCUGGUUCUGUAUAUGAUUUUGACCCGUGUUCUGAUUACUACGGGGAAGCCUAUCUAAAUAGGCCAGAGGUCCAACUAGCUCUUCAUGCAAAACCCACAAACUGGUCCCAUUGCAGUGAUUUAAUAGACUGGAACGACAGCCCAACUACCAUCCUACCUGUCAUCAAGUAUCUCACCGACAGUAACAUUGUAUUGUGGAUAUACAGUGGUGAUACGGAUGCAAGGGUGCCAGUUACAUCUUCCAGAUAUGCAAUCAACACCCUCAAGCUACCUAUCCAGGUUCCUUGGCGUCCAUGGUAUUCUGGAAAUGAGGUUGGAGGAUAUGUGGUGAAAUACAAAGGAGUGACAUUUGUUACAGUAAGAGGAGCAGGACAUCUGGUUCCUAGCUGGCAACCAGCACGGGCUUUGACCUUGAUCUUCUCAUUCCUCUACGGAAGCCUGCCUCCUGCUUCACCAUGGAAGGGUUACUAAGCAUGAUCCAUGAGCUCAACUUUUACAAUUCACACACUUAAGAUGCCCUUUGUGCAAACUCUGUUAGAUUAUAAUGAAAUUUUCAGUUUAGAAUAAAUGUUUUGUUAUGCAUCAGUUGAUAGACAUGCCAUGUAACUUUGUUGUGUACAUGGCAUAAAUGCUCUCGCUUGUUAUGUUAGUGUUCCAUGUUUGCUUUUUGAUGUAUCAGUUUAUCAAACGGCUCCCUCUUUGGCUAUAUGAUUGGAAACUAGAAAUUACAAAGAUUUUCACUUUCAGUUUAUA